UCACAAACUUUGAAAAUGACUGAUGUACAAGUCACACAAGUGUGCAAUGUGUUUGAUAUGGAUCCUCAGACCCAACUUCAUGAAAUGCGUCUGCAGGGAAUUUUCUGUGAUGCCUACAUCAAGAUUCCAGCCGACAACACUCGUUUACCGGUGCAUAGAAACGUUAUGGCGAGCUGCAGUCAUUACUUUAGAUCGCUGUUCACGUCCGGUUUGAAGGAAUCGGAACAGAAUGAAAUUGCUAUUCAUGGUGUGUCGGCUAAUACCAUGAAUCAAAUAAUUCAAUAUGCUUACAUUAGAAAGGCCAUCAUAACUCCCGAUAAUGUAGAAGAUCUUUUGGCAGCUUCUGACAGAUUUCACAUUUUUGGACUUUUGAAAGAAUGUACAGACUACUUAUUUGAGCAGAUAUACCCAGAGAACUGCAUUGGAAUAUACAAAUUCGCUCGCUUUUACAACUGUGAACACCUUUCCUGUCAAGCUUGGAAAUAUAUCAUUAGAAAUUUCAAAGAAAUUGUGGAAAAGAGUCAAGAAUAUCUUCAGCUGCAUGUUAAUGAUUUGAAAGAAAUUUUAGACGACGAUGAACUUUCAGUUCGUAACGAGAGCGAAGUCUUCUUAUCAAUUCAAAGGUGGAUUGACUACGACUCAAGGGGCAGAAAAGAACAAUACUCCAAGCUCCUUAAAGCAAUGCGACUCUGUUUCGUAAAUCCUGAUUUCUUUCAAACCAAAAUUCAAAGAAAUAAAACGCUGAUGGCACUUCGAGAAUGCAAGAAGCUCGUCAACAGGGUGACCAACCUCAUGAGGAUAUUCUAUCGAAGCCCUUUCAUAAUUGAUGACGACAACACCCUUUUGCGACCCCGUGUACCACCAGAAAUCAUCUUCACGAUUGGGGGUUGGUCCACUAGCGGGGUUGUGGACUCCAUAGAAACAUACGACAAGAACGUUAAUAGGUGGUAUGUCACCAAAUAUAGUAUGCCGUGUUUACGUGCUUAUCACGGUACUGUGUUCAUGGACGAGCGGAUCUAUAUCAUUGGGGGAUUUGACGGAACACAGUAUCUCAACAGCAUGUACUGCUUCUUUCCGGACGAGAAGAAUUGGGAGGAGAAAGCCCCAAUGUACAUAAUGCGAUGUUACGUCAGUGCUGUCGAAAUGAACGGCAUGAUAUACGCAUGUGGUGGAUUUGACGGACGAAAUCGACAAGACUCUGUAGAGAAAUACGACCCAAUAAAGAACCAAUGGACGCAUGUGCAGCCGAUGUGGAGAAAGCGAAGCGAUGCCGGAGCGACAGCAGUAGAUGGCAAGAUCUACAUUGCUGGGGGCUUCGACGGCGUGUCCUGCUUGGAUUCCGCCGAGUCUUACGACCCAAACACUGACCAGUGGACAAUGCUCUCAGAGAUGACGUCACGAAGAAGUGGCGUGGUGUUGGUGGCGUUACAGAAAGACCUCUUGGCCUUAGGUGGUUACAAUGGAACGGAAAGACUAGCGACAGUUGAGCAGUACAGCUGGGUCUCCCGUACAUGGUCGCCUCUUUUGCCCAUGAUACAGGGUCGCAGUAACUUUGCUGCCGUUUUAUUGGACGGAAAGGUGGUGGUCAUCGGAGGAUAUGACGGUAGCACCACGUCUCCCAGUGCUGAGGAGUAUGACCCCGGCAAAAAGACCUGGAGGAGAAUAUUCCCUCUCAACUUUGGCAGGAGUGCUGUUAGUGCAUGCGUGGUUUCGCACAUCCGGAGUGGGCGGGACUUUACGUAUCAUGGACUGGCCAGCAACAAUGAUGACUUUCAAAUCGUCUGAUCAGCAUCACAGUCAUAAUGCAUUGCAUUCGAAACAUGGACACUUGCAUUGUACACUCAGUUGCUACAAAGAUUUUCAAGACUGAUAACAAUUUAUAUGGACCUUCAUUUGUUUUAUAAUCGUCUGUCUAUAUAUUUAGUUGGUAAUAAAACUUGUUUACAAAGUGAAAGGUAGUUGAUUGUGUGAACAUUAUAUAAAGAAAUACUGUGCUGUACCACUAAUUUAAAACUGAUUUUUUGAUAUCCUUGACUGACAUAAUGAAACACAACUCAAAUCAAUCUUGAAUGCUUUUAAAUAUUUUAUUGAUGUAAUCAAACAGAAACUUUUCUUGAACAAGUUGAUAGCCAAAUUGUUAACGUUUCAAGCGUCAACUGUUGUUCUUUUAUCGAAACCCACCCGUGAAAAAUGAAAACAAUAAUGUACAUUGGAUAUGAGAAUAUAGAAUUAAUGCAUCUUGGAGAGAACACACAAAGUAAAAAAUGAACAUGUAGACAGAGAAGAAUUCUGAUAAAUCUGUAUGCCAUCUUGAGUUCGUUAAAUAAAAAAAUACGGGAAAUGUA